AUGGAAAUCGUGGAAACGUUGUGUAAAACCGAGCCAGUGGUGCUGACAGAUACGAAUCUGGUUUAUCCUGCUCUGAAAUGGGACCUGGACUAUCUCCAGGAAAACAUUGGCAAUGGGGACUUCUCAGUGUACAGUGCCAGCACACACAAGUUUUUGUACUACGAUGAGAAGAAGAUGGCCAACUUUAAGAACUUCAAACCCAAGUCGAGCAGGGAAGAGAUGAAGUUUGCUGAGUUUGUGGACAGACUCAAAGAAAUACAACAAAAAGGGAGUGCUGAGAGGCUAUAUCUGCAGCAAACUCUGAAUGACACAGUUGGAAGGAAGAUUGUGGUGGAUUUCCUUGGCUUCAACUGGAACUGGAUUAACAAGCAGCAAGGGAAACGUGGCUGGGGUCAACUGACUUCUAACUUGCUUCUUAUUGGCAUGGAAGGCAAUGUGACACCAGCUCAUUAUGAUGAGCAGCAGAACUUCUUCGCUCAGAUUAAGGGUUACAAGAGGUGUAUCCUGUUCCCUCCUGAUCAGUUUGAAUGCCUCUACCCUUAUCCUGUGCACCAUCCGUGUGACAGGCAGAGCCAGGUGGACUUUGACAGUCCUGACUAUGAGAAGUUUCCGAACUUCCGGAGCGUGGUUGGCUAUGAGACCGUGGUGGGCCCGGGAGAUGUGCUAUACAUACCUAUGUACUGGUGGCACCAUAUUGAGUCUCUCCUGAAUGGGGGGAUUACCAUCACUGUGAACUUCUGGUACAAGGGUGCCCCAACCCCAAAGAGAAUUGAAUAUCCAUUAAAGGCUCAUCAGAAAGUGGCGAUAAUGAGGAACAUUGAGAAGAUGUUGGGAGAAGCCUUAGGAAAUCCACAAGAGGUGGGUCCCUUGUUGAAUAUGAUGAUUAAGGGACGGUAUGACUAAUGCCUGGCUGCCCGGGUGACUGAUGUUGGAGCUGCUUUGUUCACAAGCAAUGGAAGAUACUGAGCGCUAGUAUUGCACGCAGCACUUAACAGACUGAUGGGUUUCCUGGCCCAUCCCUGCCCCACUACAAUAAAGGGGGCUACUGGAACUGCAAAACCGUUAGUACCCCACUCAUCCUCCACUCAUCUAACCGAACCUCCCAAGAAAGAGUCUGCACUUAUUGGAAGCUGGAUUUAUGCUCACUAACUUGUUUUUUCUCCCUCUGCCCUGUUUGCCACAACAAGGAGCAUGGCUUCUGGCACUCGGAUGCGUUGCUUCAGGAUUUUCAGGUGUUUGAAGAAGAGCUUGGAGGGGAACCAGGAGUGAUCUUAUUUCCUCAGCCUCAUGGGGUUUGGUCCUCCUGGCUGGGUUUUUGUGUUGGUGCCUGCAGUGGAUAUAAGAUGGAAAGUGAUAGCUUUCACAGUCCUCUGUUGUUAGAGGACAUGUCCAUGCUCAACUCUGGCACCUUUUUCUGUAACGGAAAUGAACAUGUGAGAUGGCCUGUGUGUGAUGAGCAACGGGACAAACGAUUCAAUUUCUUCAACUUCAGACAUCUAUCCUUUGGACUUAGUACAGGGUAGAGAUCAGUGAAUUCAUUUAGUGUGUGAGUGCCAAAUCCUGUGCUCUCCAAAUAACAUCUGUGGUGUAGGAGUCUAGAUAAACCUCCUUUCUGACCGCUUUCUCUGGGGAGUGAAGGCUUCUCUCCCACUCUUCUGAAGCUGCAGUGUGGUUAAAAGGGGAUGUAGCGUUAUGAAGGGAGAUGCAUAAAUGCCAGGGCACUCUCCAAGUCUUGAAUGAUUAAGCCACAUUUUUAAAUUAAAAUCCCCAGGGGUGCCGAGCUAGACUAUCAAAAUGCAGUGUCAGAUAGGUACAG